AAAUGUCGGUUUAUCUCUUAUAUUACGUUUUUAAUUGUUGUUUUUGAGAAUGCGAUGUCUAGAUAUGGUUAACCUCAAUUCUCAACCCCGUUUCAACGAUUUCACUACCAUUUAUGCCAUCAUUUAUGCCGUUAUAUUUAAGUUUAAAUCAUGUCGUUUGUUAAUAUUUAUUGAAGUAUAGCUUAAAUUUUUUUAAGUAUCAAUUCAUUGUUAAAAUUUGUGACCUAACACCUAUUGUUUACAUUUGGUAUUGAUGUGACGAUUAUUAGUACCAUUAUCAUGGCCAUUUUGUUUCUAACUGAACUGAAUUAUUAUCUUACACCGACUCUUAGUGAAGAAUUAUUUGUGGACACUUCGAGGGGUUCUAAGUUAAGAAUAAACCUAGACAUAGUGGUUCCUACAAUAUCUUGUGAUCUUCUAUCAAUAGAUGCGAUGGAUACCACAGGUGAACAGCAUUUACAAAUAGAACAUAAUAUAUAUAAGAGACGCUUAGACUUGCAGGGAAAACCUAUAGAAGAUCCACAAAAGACAGACAUCACUGACACUAAAGCACUUAGUAAAACAACAGCAAAGUCAGUGGAAAGUACUACUGUCGAAACAUGUGGGGAUUGUUAUGGAGCUGCUAGUGAAAAAAUCAAAUGCUGUAACACUUGCGAAGAUGUAAGAAAAGCUUAUAGCGAUAAGAAUUGGGCUCCUCCUGAUCCAGGAUCGAUUAAACAAUGUCAAAAUGAUAAAUCAGUAGAAAAAAUGAAAACUGCAUUUACUCAAGGGUGUCAAAUCUAUGGUUAUAUGGAAGUGAAUAGAGUAGGAGGAAGCUUUCACAUUGCACCGGGCAAUAGUUUCUCAGUUAAUCACGUACAUGUGCAUGAUGUUCAGCCAUACAUGUCAACUCAAUUCAACAUGACCCACAAGAUUCGCCACUUAAGCUUCGGGCUGAACAUUCCAGGAAAAACAAAUCCCAUUGAUGAUACCACCAUGGUUGCAAUGGAAGGUGCGAUGAUGUUCUAUCAUUACAUCAAAAUUGUACCUACGACUUAUGUUCGUGCUGAUGGUUCCACAUUAUUAACAAAUCAAUUCUCGGUGACACGACAUGCUAGACAAGUAUCUCUACUCAGCGGUGAAUCCGGUAUGCCUGGAAUAUUCUUUAGCUAUGAAUUGAGUCCGCUGAUGGUAAAAUAUACGGAAAAAGCAAAAUCGUUCGGUCAUUUCGCGACUAAUAUGUGUGCAAUUAUCGGUGGUGUAUUCACUGUUGCUGGAUUGAUCGAUUCAUUUUUGUAUCACUCGGUUAGAGCGAUACAGAAGAAAAUAGAGCUAGGAAAAUACAGUUAAAAGUUAGAUGCAAAAAAUAUUACAGAAUAAUCGAUGAUAUUUUUCAUAAUGACCGAUAAAUUAAGCUAUGCAUGGUUGCUGUAAAGUAGCUUAAUGUUCUAUCCAGUAAUCGAAUAUACUGUCGAGAAAACAGCUGAUAUAAUAAAAUAAGAUUUAUUGAUCUUUUGUAUUACACUGAAUAAUACUGGCACAAGUCAAACGUUUUUGUGUAAGAUAU